AUGGUACGAAUGAAGAUCCUGUUGGUGGUUAACCUUGUCGAGUAUGUGGAACAUGGCGGUGAUACAAUUUCUGGAAAUUUUGUUGUCAUGGACCAUGAUAUAUUUUGGAGCUCAGAUCAUCCUGGAAUUGAUUUCACGGUUACAUCUCCCGGAGGAAAUGUGGUACACUCUUUGAAAGGAACGUCAGGGGACAAGUUUGAGUUAAAAGCCAUACAUGGUGGAAUUUACAAGUUUUGCUUUCACAAUCCUAUCUCUACGCCAGAAACUGUGUCCUUCUAUGUUCAUGUUGGCCACAUUCCAAAUGUGCAUAACUUAGCUAAAGAUGAGCAUUUUGAUCCAAUUAAUGUGAAGAUUGCUGAGUUAAGAGAAGCAUUGGAAUCUAUUAUUACAGAACAAAAGUACUUGAAAGCACGUGAUACUAGACAUCGAAAUACAAACGAGAGCACCAGAAAACGUGUUAUCUUUUACACACUCUUGGAGUAUAUUUUAUUUGUGGGUACAAGCUUAUUGCAAGUCGUAUACAUUCGUCGUCUCUUCAGCAAAUCAUUUGCUUACAACCGAGUGUAGAAUCACAAUGUAUUGUGGUGACAAUUAUUUUGUUUUUCCUAUUGAUCAUUUUGUUUUUCCCAUUUUUCUUACUUAUUUGUAACAUAUUUAAAUAUAUGAUUGAUUCCUCUAUUUGAAUUC